CUAAAGUUUAUGCCUCUGUGUCUAGAAGCAUUCAGAGGGAGCCGUGUAUUGUGUGUGAUACUGGAAGAGACAAGAAUCCAACAUUUUUCGAUCAUCCAUUGGAAGGGAACUUUACGUAAUAACGUUGGGCCAGAAUUAAUAACAGAGACAGUGGCUGGACCCAAGGAUCCGCCAUAGAAUGCAUGGGAUUUACCAGGACUAGGGAAGAGUGACCCACCUAAAAGACUACUGACCAAGUAAAAACCAAAAUGGUAAUGCAGACUUAACGGUCAACACAGAAAAGGUGCAAAAAUAAAGAGAAAUCAAAUUUGGUGAUGAAGGAUUUAAGCUUCCUCUAAAACUUUAUUAACCAAUCACCCAAUGAACGAACCCUACAAAGAUCAGGAGGAGAAGAAGGACAUAGAAAGUCCCAGCAGUGUGGCAGAUAACUAAAAACCUCAGCAAGAAACAACGGAUUGCGUCCUACCUUGUCAACCAGGCUGGAGCCCAACACAACCGGAUAAAGCAUCAGAAAUCUUAGGACCUUAUGUGUCAAGACGGCUAAAAACGAUGGACAACGCUCAGAAUUCCGACAAAGCUUCAGAGAAACAAGAAAAAGAAGCUGAAAAUAAAAAUGACAAGGUCACUCCAGAACCACCAACAGAAGACAAAAAGACACCACAGAGCGUCAAAAGUGUAUCGGGCCCUGGAGAUAGGAAGUCACGAGAAACUGUUGAGAAAAAAACAAAAUCCUCUAAGAUCCAGUUUAAACCACAAUCAAAGCCAACGGAAAAACAAAAAGGAGAAGCAAAACCAAAAAACAAAGAUGCAAGCAAGACACUGGUGUCCCCGAGAGAUAUGGUGACACCCAGAGACUUGGAUGUAAAAGAGAAUCAACCAGGAAAGGAAAAACGAGAACGUCACAUGGCACUGCUUCUGUCCUGGGAGGUAAACUGGAACCUCCUUGGUAUAGCAGCCCGCUUGACAAACGGUAAUAAGCUCAGUGAUUUCUCUUAUGUGGCACUUUCACCUCCAACGAAAGACUCGGAAUGGACACCUCCAGUGGACCAAUCCUCGCUUGUCAUCUUCUACUCUUCCCCCAAAUCAGAGAGACCGCUAUACCAGAUGGAACGCUACCUGGAUUACUGCAGCAGGAAAAAAGGGCCAGGAAAAGUGAUUGUGGUGAUUGGAGAAGAAGAAGAUGAUGAUGUGAAUGAGAAGUGGAAAGAAAACCAAUUUUCCAAAACUCUUGAUCAGUUCAGAUUUUCUCGGGCAGAGCUGGACUGGAUCACCAGGGAAGAUAUUUUACAAGAGAUGCUGGAAAAAAUAGAGAAGCUGAGAAAAUCCCUGAUCAGUCCAACAACAGGUCUUCAAGAGAAACCAAGUGGAAAUGAGGAAGUGAAGCAAGUGCCACAAAUAACCGAGAAAAUUCAACCGGCCAAACAAGUUAAGAUGAAAAAACAAGAAACAAAUAAGCAGAACAAGGACAACAAGGCGAAAAUGCCAAAAACACAGAAAGAAACUCCAUCAAAGAUUAAAACACAACUAGAAAGGCACGAAAAGAAAAGGGAAGAAAUGAGGCAGGCCGUCCGCAUUGUGUCCUGGUCAAAGACCGACAGUCGUUGGCUGGUGGCCCUUCUCCGGUCUCCGUAUUUCAGGGACGCAGUGAAGGAUGUGGAGACCGUCAAUGUGAUCGGAGGUGAACUUGAGAAGAUGACAGAACAGACCUCAUCUGUCACCACUUACAUUUUAUAUUUUAGCAAGGAAAGCCUGGAAUUGUUUGGUUCUCAGCUACACAACAGUGUGAAGCUUCUGUCUACUUUUGAAAAGAAGAAAAUAAUGGUGGUGAUAGAUAAUCUGGAUAAUAAAUACACAGAGAAAGAAGUUACAAAACGCUACGCUGAAUUACCAAUCAGCAGCCUUUCCAAACACCUCUUUCUUUUCGGGACGAGGGAGAUGGAGACGGAUUAUCUGACACAUCUCACCAAGAAGCAGCAGGUCACCCAAGAGGCUGCACAAAAAAUGACAAAGUUCCAAAAUCUGAUAAAUCAGAGACGUAAGAGCUUCCGAAUCAUCGCCGUCUUUCUCUGUCUAGAAGUCGUUGAAUUAUUUUUAAAUGAAUGAAAGAAGUAGGCUGGAUAUUGCACACAUUAACCAUUUCAGCU